AUGAAGAGGAAACCAGAGCCUUGCUUGUUAAGAAAGCAAUUUCUGGCGGGGGAAGAGGACUUGACCUGCGACUUCGAUGAUGAUGAUAAGGAGGAGGACGAUAAGAGCAAUGGGUCUUUGGUAGAAGGUCAGCCUAGUGGAAGUUUAAAGCCAGAGAAGAAUGAUAAUGGCAAGAGGGUGAUUACGGUGAAAGCUCUGAGCAAGCUGAGGAAGCCGGAGACAUGCUUGUUCAGAAAGCAAUUUUUGGUGACGAGGACUCGACCCGGGACUGAUGAUGGAGAAAAAGAGGAGGAAGAUAAGAGCAAUAGAUCUCUGCCAGAAGGUCAAUCUAGUGGCAGUUUAAAGCCAGAGAAGAAUGACGUUGUGAAAGCUCUGAGGGAGAAAGGCGAUGAUAAGCUGGAGAAAACUGAGGAGAAGGCACCAGCAGUGGAGGUCAGGGGCGAUGAUGAUGAGUGGUGUAAAGAUAGCGAUGUAUCAGUGGUUUCAGGCCAGUUAUUGUUGCCAGAGGAGGACCCUGGGUGGGAUGAAAUUGAAGAUACUGAUGAAAGCAAAGGGGAAACCAUGGGGAGCUCGACAAGUACUCGUAGAUUAGAUUUGCGCAAGCGGUUGAGUGCUGCAGAGAACCUGCGUUGGGACAUGGAUGAUGAAGAUGACGAACCUAGUAAACCAUGA